AUAGCGGGAGGUUCUGUCCGAUAAGAGAGGUUUGACAGAUGAUAGCAGUUGUAAUUUAAGGGCAAUCUCUACUGGACAGUCCUUCUGAGUUGCUUUCUGCCUCCCCUCAGAGUAGAAGAGAAACACCAUCACAAUGUGGAAAGCUCAAGCUGGCCAUCAGAUUGUUAUUGACAAUGGAAACGAUGACGACGAUUGGGAGACUGAUGCAGAUUAUGUCAACAACAUGACUGAAGAAGAGCAAAGAUAUGGCACAAAACGGGACAUCGGUGCUAUUAAUAUGAAAGAAUAUCGGGAGCAAGCCAUCAAUGCAGAUGCUGAGAUCAAGCGCAAGGAGUCUGAAGAAGGGCCAAAGGCAUCCUACGGCUAUGGGGGGAAGUUUGGUGUGCAGAAAGACAGGAUGGACAAAAGCGCAGAAACUCAUGAGUAUAUAGGAAAGGUGGAGAAGCAUGCCAGCCAGAAGGACUACUCGACAGGAUUUGGAGGGAAGUUUGGCGUACAGAGUGAUCGUAAGGACAGCUCUGCCGUUGGCUGGGACCACAUUGAGAAGGUUGAUAAGCAUGAGAGCCAGAAAGAUUACUCCAAGGGUUUUGGUGGCAAGUUUGGUGUGCAGUCUGACCGACAAGACAAAUCUGCUGCAGGAUGGGACCACAUUGAAAAGGUUGAGAAACAUGAGAGUCAGAAAGACUAUUCUAAAGGCUUUGGAGGAAAAUUUGGAGUACAGAAGGACAGACAAGAUAAGUCUGCUGCAGGUUGGGACCACAUAGAGAAAAUGGAAAAACAUGAAAGCCAGAAGGACUAUUCCAAAGGAUUUGGAGGAAGGUUUGGUGUACAGAAGGAUAGACAGGAUAAGUCUGCAGCAGGUUGGGAUUAUAUAGAGAAGACAGAGAAGCACCAGAGUCAGAGAGACUAUUCUAAAGGUUUUGGUGGGAAGUUUGGAGUGCAGAAGGACAGACAGGAUAAGUCUGCAGCAGGUUGGGACCACAUAGAGAAAACGGAAAAGCAUGAAAGCCAGAAAGAUUACACACAGGGAUUUGGUGGAAAAUUUGGUGUACAAUCUGACCGCCAGGACAAAUCUGCUGCAGGAUGGGACCACAUUGAGAAAGUAGAAAAGCACGAGAGUCAGAAAGAUUAUUCAGUGGGCUUUGGCGGGAAGUUUGGCGUGCAGAAGGAUCGGCAGGACAAGACAGCGGCCGGUUGGGACCACAUCGAGAAGGUUGAGAAGCAUGAGAGCCAGAUGGACCACUCCAAGGGCUUUGGUGGUAAGUUUGGUGUCCAGUCAGACCGCAUGGAUAAGUCAGCCCAUAAGUUUGAGGAAAAGCAAGAAAGCAUUGGAACCAACUACCAGAGGACCAAGCCAGAUAUCCAAGCUUCAGAGAAGGCCUCUAACCUAAGAGCACGUUUUGAGAACCUUGCUGCGAACCAAGAGGAGGAGAGAAAGAAGCAGUUGGAGGAGGAGAAGAAGAAGAGAUAUGAGGGAGACGCUGCAAUCAUUCAGCAGGAGAAGAUAAGGCUAGUGCAGGAACAGCAGGAGGAGGAGGAGCGGCUACGUAAGAAGAAUGCGGAUGAGGAGUACGUGAGAGAGCAGGUCAAGCAGAAGCAGUUGGAAGCGGCAAUGAAGAAACAGGAGGAGGAGGAGCAGUUGAGACUUCAGCAACAAGAACAGCAGGAAAUGGCAAAAAUUGCAGAGCUGGAGAAGAGGGAAGCAGCGCUAAAGAGGCAGCAAGCAGAGGAGGAGGAGCGGAGGAGACAGUUGGAGCAGGAGGCAGCAUCAUCAAGAGAACAGGCUGAGCGCGAGGCAGCUGAAGAAGCAGCGGCCAGGGCAGAGAAGGAGCGCUUGGAGGCGGAAGUGCGCAGGCAAGAGCAGCUCCUUAUGGGCAACCCACAGAUCCCAGCAACAGAGGUCGCAGAUGCCCCGGAACCACAGGAUGAGGGAAUGGGUAUCACUGCAUUUGCACUGUACGACUAUCAGGCAGCGGACACUGACGAAAUAUCAUUUGAUCCUGAUGACAUCAUAACCAAUAUUGAAAUGAUUGACGAGGGUUGGUGGCGAGGCUGGUGUAACGGGCAAUAUGGCCUCUUCCCGGCCAACUACGUGCAAGUGCAUAGUCCCACCCAGUGAGGCCAGAGGUCCUGGGAGGCCAAGUGCCAUCCCAGCAAAAGAUGACAAAUGGCAUAGUGCCCUAGUUGCCAUGGAUUCUGCCUGUCGGCAUUUGUGAGCAAUGACAGAGAAGAAUGACGUGUGGGACUGAUUGGUUGGUGUGUUUGGAAUUAGUGAUUAUUUUCACCCUUUUUACAGAUUUCGUUUCCCUCCUGUUCCGUUGUGCUCUUUGUAAAACAAGUGGAUGGAGUUCUUUAGUAUUAAGGAAAGAAUGAAUGGUGUUUUUACAUUUGAAUUGGAGUUCUAGCUCUUGUUUUGUUUUAGUGCAUUCUUAAUGAUCAAGUGUGAUGUAACAUUGAUACAUGUUUUAAUGAUUUCUUGGUGCUGUCAUUUUAUUGGUUGAAGUAGAUGAAGAUUUAAUUUCUGGCAUGUUAAUGAUUUCUUCUGCAACCUACAGUAUGCAAUGUAUUAUUUACAGACUGUCUAUUCACCAGAUUUGUUUUGUGACAAUUGUUUUAUGUAUGGAAGGAGGAGAGGAAGUAUACAUAGUAAAAAAGGCAGAAUUUUGGGACUGGAGAUCUGGCGAGAUGUCUUUUCUCGCUCAUUCUAGGCCUAUGAUUUUACUGCUUAGGUCAUUUUCUUGAUGUGCAAACAGAGAUGCUUUACUCUCUGAUAUAAAAAGUUGAAGAAGCAGUUCUCUGUGGGACUAUUGUGAUGUACAUAUUUUUUUAUAUGUAUAUAAUAUUGUGAACAACAUUUGGUGCAUAUUAGGGAAACUCUUAGAAUUAAGCAUGAGAAGAAAAGUUACAUAUAAAGAUUUUCUAGAUAAAAGUUGAGGCUUCUCCAUUAAAAAAAAAUAAUAAUAAUACAAAAAAAUGCAUAUUAGAUUAUUUUAGGGAGCAGUCCAGGGAUCUAUAAGUGCACUUGUGAAUGGUUGUUGGUAGAAAAGUUCUUGCAGGUAACUAAUAAUCUGUCCUAGAAAAGAUACUUUGUCCUUGUGUUGACGAGGGUGAAGAGGGACAAGCCUUUUUUUCAGUCUUUCGGUUUCUCUUUUCCACUUUUUUUUCUUUGUCUUCAGAGGACUUUAUUACGGCUUCUCCUUCCCUUUUCUUCUAUUUCUUAUUCUCAGGUUUCUCAUUUUUCUUCUUCUUUUCUUUCUUUUUUUCUGCUAUGAAGUUCUUCUCGUUUCUUUGUGGUGCUGGAGAGAGUAUUUCUGCCAUCAUGUGCAUGUAACUUGAAUUUAUGUUUCUGCCUCUGGACACCACUUUUGCAUUGUUGAUGACUACAUCUUGGUUUUUAAUUCUGCAUCACGUUCAGAUUUGGAUUUUAAUGUUAUGAGAGUCCAUUUGUCAUGGAUUUUUUUUUUUUUUUUUUUAAAGAAAUAUGAGUUGCAGUUGUUGUAUUUUGAAUUAUAUGAUUAUCAAGCUGCAUUUGCAUUUUAUUUUGGAAAUUAACACGAACAGGUUGCAAUUUUCACAGAAUUGUGUACUAGAACAGGCCAGAUUAAAGUGAUCAAAUUAUCCUAUACAAUCAUUGAAUAUGAGGCUUUUUGAUUUUUACAUAUAUCAGCUAGUUCACCAUAGGGUAUUUUUAUAUAAUUCACCUACUAUAUGUGGUAGAUAUCAGGGAGUGCUACGUGUCAAAUCUAUGCUGUUCCAAUCAAAUUCUUCCUAUAGCUGGUAGGCUUCCAUAAAGAGUGAUAUAAAGUAUAAAGAAGAUAUCGAGAAUGGUUGGGACUUAGGAUGCCAGGGGUAUUAAUAUAAGAAGCAUUUUACACUUAUAUCAAAUUAUAGGUUUAUUUUUGUAGCAGGACUUUGCUGAUGACGUGUCAGGCAGUAAUAGUCGUUGCUGUGUCAGAGUAAAUGUCUCUUUAGCUUGUUCUUAAAAACUAGGUAUUUUUCACUUCUGCCGAUUCCAGCAGGGUUGCUGAUUGGUGGUGGCAAAAAUAUCCUUUGAUUAUUUCGUGAUGAUUAAUCUUUUCAGAAGUUCCUUACAUUAGCUGUUCAUCUAUGUAUUGCUGAUAAAAUAUAAUAGUAUACCUAAACAUUAACAUAUCUUCCCGUGAAAGAAUUAUCAGAGCUAUAAGUAAUGAUUUUCUUUGAUAUUCCGUUUGUUCAUUUAACAUGAACUUGUAUUCCUUUAAAAGAAAUGGUUAUAGAUGAGGCAGUAAAAUUGAUUUAAAAUGAUAUCAUCUAUUAACACUGAUUGUGCUGAUUUUGUUCCUUACUGAUUGUAGAAUCACACAAGUUGUUGGCCUGUUAGAAUAUUGCUCAAAAUGCAGCAUGUAGCUGUGUCAAUACCUGGUAUCACAGCAUUUUUUAGAUGAAUAUAAUUGUACUUCAAAAAAUAUUAGAUUUAUCAAUUAAAUAAAAUGUAUAUAGAUUG